UUUAAGUUGUAUGAAUUUCGAUACGAAGUUGAUUUUCCCCAUCUCAAGAAUAUUUUCUUUUCCUCUUCUGCAAUGUGAUCCCGCCAAUGAAAUUCAUACCCUCCCUUACGGAAUUCUCUCUCUCUCUUCGUUGCUUCGCUGUUCACUCUCUCUCUCUCUCGGUGGAUCUGUUUGGUUUGCCGGAAAAUUCGUCGAUUUCCAUAGCAGAAGCUUCGAGCUGUUUGUUUCGCUUUUUUUAUGAAGAGUUAUCGGAGUAGCGAUAGCAGCAAAGCGAUUUAUGAUGCUUUGUGGUUCGUUGCGUGAUCGAAUACAGCCUUGGCUUCGUGACUAUGUUAGGCUCCAAUCCCUCGCCGUUAUCCUUAUUUACGCUCAGAUUGGAUGUGCGUUGAUCGGAUCGCUAGGGGCAUUGUACAAUGGAGUUUUGCUGAUAAACUUGGCGAUUGCGUUGUUUGCCUUGGUCGCAAUAGAGAGCAAUAGCCAGAGUCUUGGCCGGACCUACGCCGUUCUCCUUUUCUGCGCAAUUCUUCUCGAUAUCUCAUGGUUCAUACUUUUCACUCAAGAGAUUUGGACCAUGUCGCCUAAGACCUACGGAACAUUUUUCAUCUUUUCAGUGAAACUCACCUUGACGAUGGAAAUUAUUGGGUUUUCUGUGAGGUUGUCAUCCUCGUUCUUAUGGCUUCAGAUUUAUAGGCUUGGGGCUUCUUAUUUGGACACAUCGAUUCCUCGUGAAACAGACUCUGAUCUAAGGAAUAGCUUCUUGAGUCCCGCAACACCUGCCAUGGGUAGGCAAUGUUCUGGUUCUGAAGAAAUUUUGGGAGGUUCUAUUUAUGACCCAGCCUACUACGCUUCAUUAUUUGAAGAUGGUCAAAGCAACAGGGGUUCACCCAAGGCAGCUCAGGCAAAUCACUGUUUAUAUGGGAACAAUGGAUCCCCUUCCUCUGCAGAAGCAUCUCAGAUUAAGACCUCUAUAUCCAGAUCCUUGCAGGCAAUUGAUAUUCUUUGGUGGUUCUCCGAAACUGAUCUCACUUUUGCAGGAGGAGAAAGCUGUGAGGAAAUCUGGGAUGGCUUCAGUUUGAGAAGUUCUGUUCGAGAUGGCUACUGCCUGAGCAUCAGUACAAGAUGUGUGUGCUUUCCAUAGCCGGGAUUUGCAUAUCGGAGUUGAAACAGGAGAUGUAUAGUUGAACAUUUUUCCAACAAUCUCAGCCCAAACAAAGCGAAUCAAGUUCUUCCCGGGUCUCUAAGAGUGAUACAGGAAAGCCUUGCAAAGCUUUUUAUCAGCUACAGAACCCAGAUUCGAGAUUGUCGUCAACAAGUAAGCAGGCAUUUCUCCCCCCUUUUGAGUUUCAUCUUUGAUUCUGUAUGGUCAAGCUUUUGGUACAUGAUAGGCCUAGGGAUGCUGUUUAGUUCGAUACUCACUAGGGUCGAUAUUUUGAAUCUUUUUCGCGAGAAUAUACACGGAACCCUGCCUGUUAGUUUUUGCACAAUGAUUCUUUCUCCUUUAGUGUACAUCGGAUAUCUUCCCUCAAAUUAAGAUGGUUUGGUUUCGUUUUCUUUCUUGCCAUCAUUUCUCUAGCUCUUGGAAACAUACUAACCUCCGAUUUCGGUACGAAAAAUUGGAGGCUUCUAGUCUAAAAAACGGGCACUAGCAUAUGUACUUACCCACCCUCCUUUUUGGUUCCUUCUCAUCAGAAAGAUAUUGAAAGUGAGGGGAAACAAAUUAUGCUUUUGGUGUCGUGUCAUUACAUGAGAUGGAGAUUCUCAGGUUUGUUUUGCAUGGAACUUGCAAAUGUAUCCUAACAACAAGAACUCACUUGUCACAUCCCCCAAACAUGAAAUCUGAAUCGCAGAUUUGCACAGUACCAAAUCAAGACGCUUGUUUAGGCGUUGACUUACAUUUGGUUCGAGUCCUCGUUUGGAAGGAAUAUUCACAUGGACAUGGACUUUUAAAAGUUCAUAUAGUCGAAAAGAACAUUUGGUUCGAGGAAAUGUGCCAUUCAUAUGCCAGUCUUUGGCCCAAACGGCCCAAUUUUGCGGUCCAACCUCGAAGAAUAAUAUUCGGAAAAUAAAAGAUGAUGACAAUACACUUAAUAUCUAAUAUAAGAUAGAAGAUAUAAAAGACAUGAAUUUAAUUUCAUAAACAAAAUCGUAAAAAUAUUACGGUAUCUUUUAUAGCAGUGUACUCCCCGACUUUUCAGAAAAUCCAUUUGUAUGUAAUAAGUAUUUAUGGAGUCGGUCUUCUUUGGCAGGUUUCAGUCACAAGGACCUCAAAUUUACUCAUAACGUAUUUAUGAAUCAAUAAAUGUCCUCACCAAAUCAAAAUCCAUGCAUAUUAUUAAUAUAUCUCUCAUAUAACAUCUUCAUCUGCACACAAUAUAAAACUAUACAUUAUAUAUCUUUGUCAUAAUAGAUGCAAUAUCUUAAAUGCCAAAUCAAAUCAUGUCUGUCUGCUUGAUAAUCUCUUUGUCUCUCCUCUUGUUCUGUCCUUCGAGUGUGAAUUCUGCACAAAUCUAUGUGUCUCCAGAGACAACGAUAGGAGAAGUGAAUCGGAAACAGCACUUGGAAGAGUCCAAGAUCGACGCAGAACGAAGUUUUUCGCAACGUGGCCAUCACAAAAGAGGCGAGCCUGGACCUGGACCGACACCCACACCCACACCAUCUCCAUGGGGAGCGGAAGAGAUGCGAGGAGAGGAGAUCAAUGGCAUCAGGGACGGCUCGGACAUGAUCAAUGUAUCGCCGAGUUUCUCAGGGCGUGGGAGAAGUAGAAUGGUGGCGCCACCUGCUGCUCCAUCUCCAUCUCCAUCUCCACCUCCAUGCGCAGGCCCAUAACUCGCUGCUCUGCAACCUGUCUUUCGUAUCCUUCAUCAUUUCGAUCGACGGGUACCCAUUUAUUUUUUUUUUACAAAGUUUUUUGAUGAAUUAUGAAAAGGGUUGAUUAGUUUUUUUUUUUUUUUUUUGGAGACGAGCUCCAUAGAAUCAAGUCGUCAUAUCCUGUUACCUUAGAAUCGUUAUCGGGAGCUCCAUCAUCUAUU